AUGGAUAAGAAAUUGGUUGAUGCCGCUCGUACUGGAGAUAUAAUUGCAUUUCAUGCAUUAAUUGCAGAAGAUCCACUAAUACUAGAAAGAGCUACAAUGGACUCUGGUGAGAAUCCACUGCAUAUAGCUUCACUAGCUGGUCAAAUGGACUUCGUAAAGGAGAUUAUAAGUCGGAAGCCUGCAUUUGCUAGUGAGUUAAAUGAACAUGGUUUUAGUCCAAUGCAUGUUGCUUCAGCAAUGGGGCAUGUUGAGAUUGUGAGGGAACUCCUGAGGAUCAAGAAUGAUAUUUGCCUUCUCAAAGGCAGAGAUGGUAAGACUCCUCUCCAUUGUGCAACAAUCAAAGGUCGAAUUAUCGUCAUAAAGGAGUUGAUUUCCAUUAGCCAAGAAUCUGUCAGAGAGUUGACUGUUCGAGGUGAGACUGCUCUUCACCUGGCUGUGAAGAAUAACCAGUCUCAAGCAUUUGAAGUCUUGGUGGAAGGGCUGAAACAGUUCAAUAAGGAGAUCAUAAACUGGAAGGAUGAGAAUGGCAAUACUGUCUUGCACUUGGCAGCCUCCAGAAAGCAGAGAGAGAUCAUAAACCUGUUACUAAAUUGGGAUACCAUUAGCACUGAGGUGGAAGUGAAUGCCUUGAACUCGAGCAGACUCACGCCUUUGGACAUCUUUGAUGUUGUCCUACAAGGUUUGAAUGAAAUAGGUGAAUUUAGUAUGGUAGAGAAGUUAGUACGCGCAGAAGCAAUGAGAGCUCAAGAUGUUUUACCUAAAAUAGGUCCUGCUGCUGCUGAUCAGAUUCAGACAAACAAACCAGCAGGAAUGCUGCCACCCCCACCUUGUCCAUGGAACCUUUGGAAAGAAUUGACUAAGGAAAUAGGAGAAGCAUCUAAUGAGAAGCAAAGUGGAUUGAUGGUGGUAGCUGUACUAAUUGCAACUGUGACCUACCAAGCAAUACUCAGCCCUCCUAGUGGUUUUAUUGGGAAUGAAAGUUCCAAUUGGACUCCGAUUAAUGUCAUUUGGAGGAAAGGUUCAGGGAUUAGACAAGCUGUCAUGGCUCAUGACCCUGAAGUUUUUGCUAUAUUUACUGCUAUUAAUACAAUUGGUUUCUUUGCUUCCAUGGCAAUGAUAUGUUUGCUCACAAUUGGGUUUCCUCUCAGAGCAGGCCUACGGCUUGCCAUGGUUUCAAUGACGGCAACAUAUAUCUGUUCACAGUAUGGUUGCUCAAGGUUUGGGGAAUACUUCCUAGUAGAAGAAGAAGAAGGGCUUUUAGCAUUUAGUUAUCUGCUUGGUGUGUGA